UUAAAAAAGUUUUCAAAAAAAAAAACAAGUUCAAACGAAAAAAGAACAAUACACCCGAGUUUAAUAAAAAAAGAAAAAGAUGAUCAAAUAAAUAACCAGAUAAUGAAUCAACCCUUGAGUAAAAUUGAAAAAAUUACAGGAUUGGAAAAAUUAUUCACCGAUAGACAAAAUACAGGCUAUUACUCAUAGGACAAAUACAAUUAAAAAAAAACUAGAAAGAAUUACGGAAGAUAAGAAAAGGCUGACUCUAGAACUAGAUAUGAGCCCUUACAAAAAAAGUUCGAGAUUAGCCUUGUCAAAAAAUUUUUGUCAAAUGUUAAAAAUAAAAAAAAAUAGAUUAAGAUAUAAAUUUCAUUAUUUUAUAAAAUUAUUGAUUCAAAGAAUAUCUAACUAUAUUUUUUUAUAUACUAUAUCUAUUUGCCAAAUGACUGAAAAACUCUUUGUGGAAUCAACAAAAAUGAACUCUCUUUCAAAUAUAAAAACGCAUAAUAAUAAGCGUUAUAAGGAAAAGCCAGAGAAUUUUGGUGAUUUAUCUAACUUGUCACAAGCAUAUGUAUUGUACAAAAUAUCACAAAGGAGUUUUUUGAACGUAUCUAAUUUGAUGUCUGUUCUUCAACAAAAUGGAACAUCUUUCUUGAUUGAAAAGAAUUUCUUUAUUAAAAAAAAAAUAAAAGACUCAUUUCAUAAACAAGGAAUACUUCAAUCUGAAGGAAUAAAAAAAGAACUUAAGCGGUCUAGAACGAGUCAAUGGAAAUUUUGGUUAAGAGGAAUUCUCAAUACGAUUUAUCUCCUAAUUUCUGGUCUGCCUUAAGAUCACAAAAACAAAAAUGGAGAAAUAGGGCGAAUCGCUAUCGUAGGUCUAAACAAAAAGAUUUACACAAAAGGAAUUCCAGUAGAAAAUUAAAAUUAAAUAAUUACAGGAAACAAAAGGAUGCUAACUCAGUAUUUAAUAAAAAAAAAAAAGAUAAUUUUAAAAAAUGCUGUCAAUAUGAUCUUUUAGCAUAUCAAUACAUUCAGUAUGAAAAAAAUAGUGGACCCCCUCCAGGAGCUAAACGGGAAACGAUUUCUUAUCAUUACAAGAUGUCACAAAACAACUUGUUUGCGAUAACGAAAAAUCUUCCUAUCACUAGUUUCAGAGAAAAAAUAGAAAGGGUCAAUAUCCCCUAUACAGACAAAAAUUUAGAGAGAAAAUAUUUAAAUUUGAAAAAGAUUAAUUUUUCUCUUGAUAAAAAAGCGGAUAUUGAGUCCUGGAUCACGGGUAAUGAUAACAAUACUCAAAGUACUCCAAUUUUCACUUAUAAUUAUCAAUUAAUUGAUAGAAUGGAAGAGAUUGUGAAAAUUGAGCAAAUUUUUAAAAAUGAAAAAGAUCCUUUUGCUCUUUUGAUUCAGACAAAUACCGAAGAAAGGAAUCUAGUAAAUUCUAAAAAUUCUUUAUUGGAUUGGAUGGGACUGAAUGAAGCAAUACUCGACCGUCCAUUAACGGCUGAGGAACUUUCGGUCUUCCCAGAAUUUCUGUGGUUUGUUAAUAUAUAUAAAAUGAAACCAUGGAUUAUACCAAGCCAAUCACUUAUUUCUAAUUUGAAUCUCAAUGAUGAAAUGACGAAUCAAAAGAUCGGUAAAAUUAAGAAUAAAAACAAAGAUAAAAAGGAUAAAAAGAAAACUGAGGGUGAAACCAAAGGUAAAACUGAGAGUAAAAAAAAGAUAAAGCCGAGGGUCAAACCAAAGGGGAAACUAAAGGUGAAACCAAAGGUGAAACCAAAGGUGAAACCAAAGGUGAAACCAAAGGGAAAACUGAAGGUGAAACCAAAGGUGAAACUGAAGGGGAAACCCAGGGGGAAACUGAAGGGGAAACUGAAGGUGAAAAGAAAAGUCAAACUGAGAUAGAACUAGAGUUAUUCCUGAAAAAUUAUUUAUUUUUUCAAUUUAGAGAGGAUGAGGAUGUUACUUUUAAUCAAGGCCUUUUCCAAGAUCUCCAGAUCUAUUGUCUCUUGCUUAGAAUGCUAAAUCGAAAAAAAAUGAUGCUAUCAUGGAUUCAAAGGAAAAGUUAAAUUUGGGUCUAAUGCCACAGAUGAAUCAGGAAGAGAGUAUUCAAGAUUCAAAAAAUUCAAAAAGAAAUGUUCCAGAUUCAAAACAGAGUGUUCCAGAUUCAAAACAGAGUGUUCCAGAUUCAAAAAAUUCAAAAAGAAAUGUUCGAGAUUCAAAACAGAGUGUUGCGGAUUCAAAAGAGAGUGUUCCAGAAUUUUUAAAAAGGACGGGAUUUUUGGUUGACCCCCUUCCGCUGUCUAUCAAACCAAACGGAGAAUUUCUUAUGUAUCAAACCAUAGUUCUUUCAUUGGUUCAUAAGAGUAAAGAAAUUCUUAAUCAAAAAUACGUAAAACAACGAAUAAUUCGCGCUG